AUGGAGCGUUUCCGGAGCUUAGCAAAGAUGGAAGGGUUCACUGGUUCUCUCGAGUUGGGCGAGGCUGUCAGGCCAUGUGGUGCCUCUUGCGCUAACGACGACGAGAUGGAUGUUGACGACAUCAUCAUAACUCCAGGCGAGACAGAUCAUGGUCAUGGUGGUGCCUUUGCGGGUGGUGCUGAUGACUCCGGAGAUGAAAGUGAGUCGGAAGAUGAAGGCGAUGAUGCUUAUGAUGCUUACAUAUCGGAUAUUCUGUAUGAUCUUGCUGGUCUUGGGCUUGAUGACGAGGAGCGUCGCUGCACUCUAUGCCUCCCAAACGAAAAACGAACCGAGAUCGAGGUCCAGGGCGCAAAGGGCCACCAGCAAUGGAAUGGCAAGAAAAAGCGCGCUUCAGGCUCCGACGAUGAGGAAAAGCAUCCUUCAGGCUCGAGGACGGUGAUUGACCCUGCAGUCAAAAAGGAGGAGGAAAUUGGCCAAGCGUUGAAGGAGAGCGGGGUUCCGAGAGAAGAGCUUUGGCUGACAUCAAAACUAUGGAAUACUUUUCACGAGCCCGCAGACAUUGAACCAGCGCUAGACGACACGCUGAAGAAGCUUGGAACGGACUACCUUGACCUCUAUCUUAUCCACUGGCCGCUAGCCCAGAAAAACGGACAGCCAUACAACAAGACACUGACGGAGGACCCCACCUCAGGCUACCACCCCCCCUAA